GAAGCGCUCGAGCCUCUGUGAGUUGAGAGAGAGAGAGAGAGAGCGCGCGCGCGCUGUGUAGUCAGUGUUUUACCGUCAGCGGGACCGGACAGACUUGUGUGUAUUAGUUAGUGUGGGUUUGCUGGUUUGUGUGGUUGUUUUAUUUGUUUUCUCGCUUCUAUAAAAUGGGAUUCUGACAGCAGCCGGGCUACGGGCGCCGCCGGCUCCUCCUGACCGGAAAAUGAAGCGUCUCUGUCGGAGGCUGGCGGUGGCCGUGGCGGUGCUGGUGUGGCUGGGGGCGCUGGUUUACCUGCUGGUGCUGAGCCGGAGGAGGCUGCCGGACCUCGGUACCGGAGCAGGGGGAGGAGGAGGAGGAGGAGUAGCGGGAGGCGGAGAGACAGCGUACAACCAGAUCUCGGAUGCAGAGUGGGAGGACAUGUUGGAGGGUUUUGAUGAGAGGAGUUACCUGAAUGCCCGUCGAUGGAAGCCCGGUGACGACCCGUACACCCUGUAUGCCUUCAACCAGAGAGAGAGCGAACGUAUCCCCAGCAACCGAGCCCUGAGAGACACACGACACUACAGGUGCACCACUCUUCAUUACGACUCUGAUCUUCCUCCAACCUCCAUCAUCAUCACUUUCCACAACGAGGCCAGAUCCACCCUGCUGCGCACCAUCAGGAGCGUUUUGAACAGAACUCCAGUUCAUCUCAUCCAUGAGGUCAUUCUGGUGGACGACUUCAGUGACAACGAAAGUGACUGUCAGCUUCUCGCCAAACUGCCCAAAGUCAAAUGUAUUCGCAACAACAAGAGAGAAGGUCUGAUCAGGUCCAGAGUGCGGGGGGCCGAUGCUGCGAGGGCCGGGGUCCUCACCUUCCUGGACAGUCACUGUGAGGUCAACAAAGAUUGGCUCCCCCCCCUGCUGCAGAGGAUCAAACAGGACCCAACCCGUGUGGUCAGCCCAGUCAUUGACAUCAUCAACAUGGACACUUUUGCCUACGUGGCAGCCUCCGCUGAUCUCCGUGGAGGUUUUGAUUGGAGUCUCCAUUUUAAGUGGGAGCAGCUGUCACCUGAACAGAGAGCUCGUCGGACCGACCCGACCCAGCCAAUCAAGACUCCCAUCAUCGCAGGAGGGCUCUUUGUGAUUGACAGGUCCUGGUUCAAUCACCUUGGCAAAUAUGACACUGCCAUGGACAUCUGGGGCGGGGAGAACUUUGAGAUCUCGUUCAGGGUGUGGCAGUGUGGCGGCAGUCUGGAGAUCCUGCCUUGCAGCAGAGUGGGUCACGUCUUCAGAAAGAAACACCCGUACGUCUUCCCUGAGGGUAACGCCAACACAUACAUCAAGAACACACGACGCACAGCUGAGGUGUGGAUGGAUGACUUCCGUCUCUUUUACUACUCUGCUCGCCCUGCAGCACGGGGAAAAUCCUACGGAGAUAUCCGAGGCAGAGUGGAACUUCGCAAGAAGCUCAAGUGCAAAUCCUUUAAGUGGUACUUGGACAACGUCUACCCAGAGCUCAAGGUCCCAGACGACUCUGACUCUCAGUCCGGGGUGAUCAGGCAGCGACAGAACUGUCUGGAGUCUCGGAGGGUGGAGGGCCAGGAGCUACCCGUCCUCACCCUGGCUCCCUGCAUAGAAACAGAAGGGGUCCCCGCCAUCAACCAGGAGUGGGUGUACACUCACGGACAGCAGAUCCGACAGCAGCAGCACUGUCUGUCUCUGUCCACCACCUUCCCUGCCUCCCAGGUCCUGCUGCUGCCCUGCAACAUGGCCGACGGCAAGCAGCGGUGGCAGAAGUCUGGGACUCACUUGGAGCACCUUGUCUCUCGGUUCUGUCUGGACUCGGAGAUGGCUCUGGACGGGAUGGACUCUUCUCGAAUGCUGGUCAUUAGCCCCUGUGAACUGAGUGCGUACACACAAAGAUGGGAAGUCCCCUUCUCCUGACCCCUAACCCUGAGACCUUUCACCUCCAAAAACCUGCCCUGUCACCCAUUCACAGCCUCAAAGACCUCGGCAGAGACAGCUGAAGACAGCAUGAGCACGUCGUGUGUGAAGGUGCUGCGUU